CCCUUUGAGACGCCACAGACACAAGAGAGAGGAAGCGCUUCUGUGGGUGCAGUGGGUAUUAGCAUAGGAAGCAGCACACCGAGUGCCUUCCUUGUGAUAGUGAAAACAGUUACUAUUGACAAAACGAGUGCUGCAAGUUUUCAACGAGGCUCUCCGACGACUGCUUCGCCAAGAUGAGCUUUCUAUUUGGCAGUCGCUCAUCCAAGACCUUCAAGCCUAAGAAGAACAUCCCUGAAGGCUCCCAUCAGUAUGAGCUGUUAAAGCAUGCUGAGGCAACACUGGGCAGUGGAAACCUGCGGCAGGCUGUCAUGCUGCCGGAGGGAGAGGAUCUCAAUGAGUGGAUUGCCGUCAACACGGUGGAUUUCUUCAACCAGAUCAACAUGCUCUAUGGUACCAUCACAGAGUUCUGCACAGAGACCAGCUGCUCAGUGAUGUCUGCUGGACCAAGAUAUGAGUACCACUGGGCUGACGGCACCAAUAUUAAAAAGCCUAUCAAGUGCUCUGCCCCCAAGUACAUAGAUUACUUGAUGACGUGGGUCCAAGACCAGCUGGAUGAUGAGACACUUUUCCCCUCAAAGAUUGGAGUUCCUUUUCCCAAGAACUUCAUGUCUGUGGCCAAAACCAUUCUGAAGCGCCUUUUCAGGGUUUACGCCCACAUUUACCAUCAGCAUUUUGACUCUGUGAUGCAGCUGCAGGAGGAAGCUCACCUGAACACCUCCUUCAAGCACUUCAUUUUCUUUGUCCAGGAAUUCAACCUUAUUGACCGGAGAGAGCUUGCUCCCCUCCAGGACUUGAUUGAGAAGCUGGGUUCCAAGGACAGAUAGACAUUUCAUUUUUUUUCCAAUGGUUAUUUUCUGAACAUUUCUUUUCAUCUCUAUCCCUCUUCUCCUCUGCUACCUCUGACGACUUGUCUCAACUCUGUGUGUGCCUUCUCUUCAUUCCUCACAGCUCCAUCUACUGUCUUGCUUUUCCUCUCAGUUUAUUCCUUCUAGAAAUACAUAGCACAAUGUACUAAAUGUAUUAUUGACAGGACUGGUCAACAUGGAAACAAAAUUACAUUUUUUUUGUUUACUUUUUAAGGUAAGGUAGGACCAAGCACAUUUGAAGGUGGCAAUAAGCUUUUUCCGCCUUCAGUUGUUUUUACAUACAUUUUAUUCAUGUUUGAUUGACCAAAUAGUCCAUUCUUACGUAAAAUCUUAAGUAAUGUAUCAAGAUAUUAGCGGAGAAAACCAAGCUACAGAUUUUUAGUCCAUCAAGGACACUUGUGUCAUGGUGUCCAAUGCAAUACAAUGUAUUCACGGGUGGAUGUGAUGCUAUGACUGCAUUCACAAAUUUAGAUUAUUUUUUACAGAUUUUUUUUUUAUGACUGAAGAUGGGUAAAAUUAUACCAUAAAAUGCAAGAUAUAGGGCUUUCAGGAAGCCACUGUAUAGUUUGUAGGAGCCACCAUAUUGAUUAUUCAUGUCUAGUGGAAAAAUAUACAAAAGCACGCUUUGAAUGUGAAUUUUUAGUUCAGUUAUAGUUCAUUUAUUUCUGUGGUGCCGAUCAAUCGAACUGUGGAUGGCUGUUUGUUCCUUCUGGUACUUACAUCCCCCGGUUUAAUAACUAGUAUUGCAUUUGUGCACAAAAUGGCAAAUGUAAAUAUCCCCGUGGUCAUUCUCAGUCUUGAACUCCUCAGGCUACAACAGCAGGGCUGUCUGUACUACUAUAUUUUAAUAACUAUUGUUGAAAGGAUUCUAUAUUGUUUUUAUUUGGCAGCAUUAUAGGCACAAGGGAAUACUUUACAGUAGUCAUGCAAACUGCUGUCAUUUCCUUGUGGACAAUCAGUCGACCAAACAGAAAGCACCAGCAGCUGUCAUCAAGUGCAUUAACUUUAAACUUGUUUUAAGAUGAAGGGUGCAUACUAUUUUAGCAAUUACACCACAAUCAAUUGAUUUCAAUGUUUUAUUUCGACAAGCUUAUUGAAUCCAGGCCCUACACAUAUGUAGUUGCCCAUACUUCAUAAUUUCCCAGAUUUGUCAUUGCUACAUUUCAUAUAACAAUGUUGAAAUAUUUUUCUACAUGUAGAAUUAAAGAAAGUCCAAGGGCUGUAAAAAUUAAUCAAGUUUUUGAUGUUUAUUUUGAUGGGAGGGGUGUCACAAAUGCUCCAACAUUUGCUGUAAAUAAGAUCAGCGUUUUAUCUGAACAAAGCUGUGCCUUUACAAAAUUUAAAUGUCUUCACACAAAUGUGUUGUAUUGGCAGAUUUCAAGCUCAAUAAAAACAAGAUAUAGAUUG